UAAAAAAUAAAAAAAUAUUCAUCAGACUCCGGUGAAGCAUUCUGCCGACUUUACACACAGUGUCAGAAUAAAAUGGUUCUUUAGAUACUCCAUACAAUAAUCUCCCGUCAUCGUGUCCACUUCUCGAGUUCAUGGCGACUGCCCUUCGUUCCGUCCCGCUUCUCCUCUCCAACCCUUCUCCCCCUCCGCCUCCUUCCCUUUCACGGAGAACCACGACGCAUCCCUUAAGAAAGGGUGGCAAAUGGGCCGUGACAGCGAGGAAGCCAUGGCCUCCCCUUUGGCCGCGGUCUUCCUCCCAGCCGACGCCCGAAGUUGCGCUCGAAGGCGACGCGGAUAAGAUAUCGAGGGCGACGCUGUUGUGGAGAGCCGCCAAAUUGCCCAUCUACUCUGUGGCGUUGGUCCCUCUCACCGUAGGCAGUGCUGCAGCUUAUCUCCAGACCGGCAUAUUCUUUGCCAAGCGUUACUUUGUGCUCUUAUCUGCAUCAAUGCUUGUUAUUACUUGGCUAAAUUUGAGCAAUGAUGUUUAUGAUUUUGAUACUGGCGCAGACCGACACAAAAAAGAAUCUGUUGUCAAUAUCAUUGGCAGUCGGACAGUUACACAAUAUGCCGCCAACAUAUCACUUGUGCUUGGCUUUAUGGGGCUUAUCUGGGCAUUCACAGAAGCAGGAGACAUACGAUUCAUCUUAUUAGUGGCAUAUGCUAUAGCGUGUGGGUAUGUUUAUCAGUGUCCUCCAUUUCGAUUAAGUUACCAAGGACUUGGAGAACCAUUGUGCUUUGCAGCAUUUGGUCCAUUUGCCACUACAGCAUUCUAUUUUGCUAACAGCAGCAAAUAUUUAACAAGUGGAAUAAGCCAUCUCCCUCUGACCGGAACAGUUUUGUCGGCAUCUGUUCUUGUUGGGUUAACAACCACUCUUAUUCUCUUCUGCAGCCAUUUUCACCAGAUUGAUGGAGAUCGAGCUGUUGGAAAGAUGUCUCCCCUGGUCAGAAUUGGCACCAGAGCAGGUUCCAAAGUGGUGAGAUUUGGAAUCAUCUCACUUUAUUUUCUCUUGCUGGCUUUUGGAUCAUGCAAAGCUCUUCCUCUGACCUGUCUUUUCCUCUGUGCUCUGACCCUACCAAUGGGAAAGAUCGUUGUAGACUAUGUCAAAGAAAAUCACAAUGAUAACGGCAAGAUUUUCAUGGCAAAAUAUUACUGUGUGCGGCUGCAUGCUUUGUUUGGGAUGGCAUUGGCUCUUGGACUGUGGCUAGCUAGGGCUGGAAAUAAAGCAUGACCAUUGAUAAAAUCUUAAAUUCACCGGACUUGGGAAAGUAUCAAACUUGGGUUGAAUCAGGGCCGUUGUAAAAGUGGCCAUUCUUUCUUGAUGCUCGGUUGGACAGUUGCGGAUCCUUUGGUAUAAAUUCUGCCAUUUGGUACCCGAUGCUCUUAAAUGUGAUCUCUCUAAGAUUUUAGCUGACAGGGAAAUACAAGAAAUAGUUGUCUAUUAUAUGAGAGAAGCGAAUGCUUCGUGACAGUGCUAAUAUGGGAGGGCCAAAGGAUGACCCUUGCAUGCGAGACAUUUCUGAAAGAUUGACAGUGUGCAGUUCUUGCUUUAAGCGGUAUGUAGAAUAAGCACAAUAUCGAAGACCAUUCGCCAAGCCCUGUAUUUUUCCCUUCCAGAUUUGCAGUGAUGUUAUGUUAUAUAUUUGGAAUAUGAUACAUAGAUGUGCUAUGGACAAUUGUGUAUAUAAAUUGAAUUUUAAUGAAACAUCUUUGGAGCUUGAUUUUGAGU